AUGGCGGGAGAGGUGCUGGGGAGGACGGCAGCGCUCGCCCUGGAAGAGCUGUAUGUCUCUGAGCGAGAGGGCAACGACUCCACUGGUGAUGGCACCCAGAAGAAGCCUUUCAAGACUGUUUUGAAGGCUCUGAUGACAGCAGGAAAGGAGCCAUUCCCUACCAUUUAUGUGGACUCUCAGAAAGAAAAUGAGAGAUGGGCCAUCAUCUCCAAGUCGCAGAUGAAGAAUGUCAAGAAGCUGUGGCACAGGGAGCAGCUGAAGAAUGAUGCCAAGGAGAAGAGGGAGGCAGAAGAUCUCCUGAGGAGAGAGAAGAACCUGGAGGAAGCCAAGAAGGUUGUUAUCAAGAAUGACCCCAGCCUCCCGGAGCCCACAUGUGUGAAGAUUGAUGCUUUGGAGGCUUACAGAGGCCAGAGGGUGAAGGUCUUUGGCUGGGUUCACAGGUUAAGGAGGCAAGGCAAAAACCUGAUGUUCAUUGUUCUGAGGGAUGGCACAGGCUUCCUGCAGUGUGUUCUGUCAGAUGAGCUGUGCCAGUGUUACAAUGGGCUGGUCCUCUCCACAGAGAGCACUGUAGCUGUCUAUGGCACUCUCAACCUUCUUCCUGAGGGCAAGCAGGCGCCAGGGGGCCACGAGCUGUGCUGUGACUUCUGGGAGCUGGUUGGGCUGGCCCCAGCAGGAGGUGCUGACAACCUGCUGAACGAGGACUCGGAGGUGGAUGUGCAGCUCAACAACAGGCACAUGAUGAUCCGUGGGGAGAACAUGGCCAAGGUCUUCAAGGUGCGCUCCGGGGUGGUGCAGGCCUUCAGGGACCACUUCUUUGCCAACGGCUACUACGAGGUCACUCCCCCAACACUGGUGCAGACUCAGGUGGAAGGAGGCUCCACCCUGUUCAAGUUGGAUUACUUUGGGGAGGAGGCUUACCUGACCCAGUCCUCCCAGCUCUACCUGGAGACCUGCAUCCCGGCGCUGGGUGACGUCUUCUGCGUGGCGCAGUCCUACAGGGCCGAGCAGUCCAGGACCCGCAGGCACCUGGCAGAGUACACUCACAUCGAGGCUGAGUGCCCUUUUAUCAGCUUUGAGGAUCUGCUGUCCCGUUUGGAGAACCUGGUCUGUGACGUGGUGGACAGAGUCCUGCAGUCCCCUGUAGCCAGCCUGCUGUAUGACCUCAACCCGGGCUUCCAGCCACCCCGGCGCCCCUUUCGCCGCAUGGACUACAGCGAGGCCAUUGAGUGGCUGCGGCAGCACGACGUCAGGAAGGAGGAUGGCAGCCACUACGAGUUCGGGGAGGACAUCCCCGAGGCCCCCGAGAGGCUGAUGACAGACACCAUCCAGGAGCCCAUCCUGCUCUGCCGCUUCCCCGCCCAGAUCAAGGCCUUCUACAUGCAGCGCUGCCGCGAGGACCCCCGCCUCACCGAGUCGGUGGAUGUGCUGAUGCCCAGCGUUGGGGAGAUCGUGGGAGGCUCCAUGCGCAUCUGGGACAGUGAAGAGCUCCUGGAGGGCUACAAGAGGGAGGGCAUUGACCCUGCCCCCUACUACUGGUACACAGACCAGAGGAAGUAUGGCACAUGCCCCCACGGCGGCUACGGGCUGGGCCUGGAGCGCUUCCUGACCUGGCUCCUGAACAGGCACCACAUCAGGGACGUCUGCCUCUACCCACGCUUCCUGCAGCGCUGCCGGCCCUAG